UAAGACCCGCCUCCUGCAGCCGGCGAGGCCACGCGGCCCCGCCCUCUUCGCCACAUAAGGGCAGAGAGGGGCGUGUCCCCGGGGGCUCGCGGGCCCUCGCUGCCUUCCUGGAGCCGUUUAUAGGGUACAGCCACUUCCGCUGUCGGCUUAGAAGCGGCGCGAUCAUGGCGGAGCGCGGUCAGCUCCCCCACCCCGCCAAGCGCCUCUGCUGCAGACCCGGCUAUGGUUCGGGCUGCAGGCCGGGGCAGCGGGCGGGCGCCUCCGGGCCCGGCGGCGGCGCGCUCUGCGCCGGACCCUCCUCCGCAGCUGCCGCCGCCGCCCUGGGGCUGCUGCCGCUCGGCAAGACCCAGAGCCCCGAGUCCCUGCUGGACAUUGCAGCUCGCAAGGUGGCGGAGAAGUGGCCCUUCCAGCGUGUGGAGGAGCGGUUCGAACGGAUCCCGGAGCCGGUGCAGCGCAGAAUCGUCUACUGGUCCUUUCCCCGCAGCGAGAGGGAGAUCUGUAUGUAUUCCUCGUUCAACACCGGCGCCGAGGAUCCCGCCGCCGGUCCCGGGGGCGCCGCCGCGCCUGGCGGAGCCAUGGACGCCGCCGCCGCUGCCGCCGACGAGAACCGGCUGCCCUUCCGCAGGGGCAUCGCUCUGCUCGACGGCGGCUGCGUCGAUAACGUCCUGCAAGUCGGUUUCCACUUGAGUGGCACAGUAACAGAGCCUGCAAUGCAAUCGGAGCCAGAAACUGUUUGCAAUGUAGCUAUCAGCUUUGAUCGUUGCAAGAUUACCUCAGUGACCUGUAGCUGUGGAAACAAGGACAUAUUUUACUGUGCCCACGUUGUGGCACUCUCUUUAUACCGGAUCCGCAAGCCAGAUCAGGUCAAACUGCAUCUUCCCAUUUCAGAGACACUCUUUCAAAUGAAUAGAGACCAACUACAAAAAUUUGUGCAGUAUUUGAUCACAGUACACCACACAGAAGUUUUGCCAACUGCUCAAAAAUUAGCAGAUGAAAUUCUUUCUCAGAAUUCAGAAAUCAAUCAAGUCCAUGGUGCUCCUGACCCAACAGCAGGUGCUAGCAUAGAUGAUGAAAAUUGCUGGCAUUUGGAUGAGGAACAAGUCCAAGAACAGGUUAAACUCUUCCUUUCCCAGGGUGGAUACCAUGGAUCAGGGAAGCAGCUCAAUUUGCUUUUCGCGAAGGUGCGAGAGAUGCUAAAAAUGAGAGAUUCAAAUGGAGCUCGCAUGUUGACGUUGAUAACAGAACAGUUCAUGGCUGACCCCCGUCUGUCGCUUUGGAGACAACAAGGAACUACAAUGACUGACAAAUAUAGGCAGCUCUGGGAUGAACUGGGUGCUCUGUGGAUGUGUAUAGUCUUAAAUCCCCACUGCAAGUUGGAGCAGAAGUCCAGUUGGCUAAAACAGCUGAAAAAAUGGAACAAUGUGGAUGUUUGUCCUUGGGAAGAUGGAAACCAUGGAAACGAGCUGCCCAAUUUAACCAAUGCUUUGCCUCAGGGUGCAAAUGCUAACCAAGAUUCAUCGAGCAGGCCGCAUCGGACAGUGUUUACUCGAGCCAUUGAGGCAUGUGAUCUGCACUGGCAGGACAGCCACUUACAGCACAUUAUCAGCAGUGACCUGUACACCAACUACUGUUACCAUGACGACACUGAAAACUUGCUCUUUGACUCUCAGGGGUGGCCCCUUUGGCAUGAACAUGUUCCUACAGCCUGCGCAAGGGUGGAUGCAUUACGAUCUCAUGGAUACCCACGAGAAGCACUGAGGCUAGCAAUAGCUAUUGUUAAUACACUAAGGAGGCAGCAGCAGAAACAGCUGGAAAUGUUUCGGGCUCAGAAGAAAGAACUUCUCCACAGGGGAGUAACCUCAAUAACGAAUCUUGAAGGCUGGGUGGGACACCCUUUGGACCCCAUUGGCACCCUUUUCGGUAGCCUGAUGGAAGCCUGCAGGGUGGAUGAUGACAGCUUCCAUGGAUUCUCCGAUUUCACGGAGAACCUGGGGCAAUGCAAAUCUCUGGAGUACCAGCAUCUGCCUGCACACAAGUUCCUAGAAGAAGGGGAAUCUUACUUAACACUGGCUGUGGAAGUAGCAUUGAUAGGGCUGGGACAGCAGCGAAUAAUGCCAGAUGGCUUGUAUGCACAAGAGAAGGUUUGUCGAAAUGAGGAGCAGCUCAUUUCUAAACUACAAGAAAUUGAAUUGGAUGAUACUCUGGUGAAGAUUUUUCGAAAACAAGCAGUCUUCCUAUUAGAAGGUGGACCAUACAGUGGCUUAGGUGAAGUCAUCCAUCGAGAGAGUGUUCCAAUGCACACAUUUGCCAAGUAUCUCUUCACCUCUCUCCUACCUCAUGAUGCUGAAUUGGCAUACAAAACUGCACUGAGAGCCAUGCGGUUGCUGGUACUGGAAUCUACAGCUCCUUCAGGAGACCUGUCCCGCCCUCACCACAUUGCAUCUGUUGUUCCAAACCGGUAUCCCCGCUGGUUCACCCUAAGUCAUAUUGAAUCCCAGCAGUGUGAGCUGGCAUCAACCAUGCUAACAGCAGCCAAAGGUGAUGUUCGGAGACUGGAAACAGUGUUAGAAUCCAUCCAGAAAAAUAUCCACUCCUCAUCACACAUCUUCAAACUUGCCCAGGAUGCAUUUAAAAUAGCAACACUCAUGGACAGCUUGCCAGACAUAACUCUUCUGAAAGUUUCUCUGGAGUUAGGUCUUCAGGUGAUGCGGAUGACAUUGUCAACGCUGAAUUGGCGACGGCGGGAAAUGGUGAGGUGGUUGGUAACAUGUGCAACAGAAGUAGGUGUUUACGCACUGGAUAGUAUCAUGCAAAAUUGGUUUACACUUUUCACUCCAACAGAAGCCACUAGUAUUGUUGCUACAACAGUGAUGUCCAACAGCACCAUCGUCCGUCUGCAUCUAGACUGCCAUCAGCAGGAGAAGCUGGCCAGCAGUGCUAGGACGCUUGCUCUACAGUGUGCCAUGAAGGAUCCUCAAAACUGUGCCCUUUCUGCACUGACCCUAUGUGAAAAGGAUCACAUAGCUUUUGAGACUGCUUACCAAAUCGUUCUAGAUGCAGCUACAGCUGGCAUGAGCUACUCGCAGCUUUUUACCAUAGCACGAUACAUGGAGCACCGUGGUUACCCCAUGCGGGCCUACAAGCUGGCCACUUUGGCCAUGACACAUCUCAACCUGAGUUACAAUCAGGACACACACCCUGCCAUUAAUGACGUUCUGUGGGCAUGUGCGCUCAGCCACUCCCUUGGGAAAAAUGAGCUAGCAGCUAUAAUACCUCUGGUGGUCAAAAGUGUCAAGUGUGCAACAGUACUGUCGGACAUUUUGCGUAGGUGUACUUUGACCACUCCUGGCAUGGUGGGACUUCAUGGAAGGAGGAACUCUGGUAAGCUCAUGUCACUGGACAAAGCCCCUUUACGGCAACUCUUGGAUGCCACGAUCGGAGCCUACAUUAAUACAACUCAUUCACGUCUCACUCACAUCAGCCCACGACACUAUAGUGAGUUUAUAGAGUUCCUCAGCAAGGCACGAGAGACCUUCCUAAUGGCUCAUGAUGGUCACAUCCAGUUUACACAGUUUAUUGACAACCUAAAACAAAUCUACAAAGGCAAAAAGAAGCUGAUGAUGCUGAUCAUGAAUGCCCAUCUAACAAUUUCACUUCAGUGAGGUGGUAUGCAAUGCAACCACCAAGUCCAGGAAAUAAAUGUUAUGUUCUUCAAAAGUUCUGCUGAGGAAUCAUAGCGUUCACAGCUGCUGGUGGAAGAAGACCUGGUGAGGAGAGAAAGAGCCAAAUGCUGCCUGUGUCUGAAGAGGUGUGUUCUGUACAUCAAACAGUAAGCCUUGGUGUACCAUCCUGGUAGGAUUCUGGAGUGUGUGUGGAUGUGUUGCCACUCUGGAUUCUUUGGGUAGCCAUGAAAGUUGAGAUGUGCUGUGGAUGUGUUCAAGGACAAUUAUUCCUGUUCAUCGAUUGGCUUUUCUAAAGUGUUUUGUGUAUUUUGAUUUAUACAGCUCAUUCCACAUAGUGUAAAGUUCUUGCUCAUCAGCUGAUAGGUGAUGUUUCUAUUUUUUGGAGCCCUUACUCCAUAGGAAUUUUGUGAAUUUUCUAGCCCUUGGAGAAUAAUGAAAUAUGACAUGGUUGCAAAUUGAAGAGGAGCUUUCUGCUUUACCACUACUUAAAUAUCUUAGGAAUGUUACUUGAUGUCAUAUUUGAUCUGAUACUUUUCUGAUCUUGAUCUGAUAAUUUUCAUACUUGAUCUGAUAAUUUUCAAUUCCUUUUUUUUUUUAGUAUCUUCAGCUGAAAGGAGAAUUAGUAUGCAGCACCAACUAACAGAGAUACCAGUGUAACCAUGAAUUCUGACAGUGGGGCUUGCGUCACUGAAGAUUAAGAAGGAAAAGGUCUGAAUCUUUGUACAACUUGUAAUGUAAAAUAUGAGUCUUUUACCAAGUCUUGCUGACAGCUGAGAUGUCCUGACCUAAUGGUGCUAACAUUCUGUGACAUUCUGUGACUUCAAUUCCUUCCAAGUAUUGAAUUCUCAUUACAUUUUUGGUUCAUUACUUUGUCCUAGAUGAAUUAUCUGUCAUAGGCAGUAGCACAGGAAGGAAAAGAGGAAGUAUCACUUGAUUUUGUAAUAGGGUUUGUAUAGUUCCUUUUUUUUUUGUGUGUGGUUAUUUUAGUUAUUUUGGUUUUUUUCUAAUUUUACAAAUAAUGCCACAGUAAGGAUAAUUCUGGAUUGUGUAGAUUGCAAAACUGAAGCCUUUUUGAAGACCAGGUGUUAGAAUUAAAUGCAGUCACCAUGUGUUAGAAUUAAAUGCAGUCACCAGGUGUUAGAAUUAAAUGCAGUCACCAGGUGUUAGAAUUAAAUGCAGUCACUUGGUUUGGAGAAGCACAUUGCUGCUUCUUGCAGAACUGAUGGAAUUCUAUUUGGCUUAUUUUCAUGACUGAGUAAAAUCUCUUCUGUGCCUGCACUGGUGCUGUGCACUGCAGUUCACACCACAUUACAAGCCCUCAAGGACUAACAGAGGCUUGGCCAAUCUCUCUAGUAAACAUGUCUCAAUAUGUCCUGUCCUUGGUUUGUGAAGGUAGGAGGAAUCCACCAAAAAAAGAAAGGCCUGAGGGCUCUUGCUAGAGGCUUUCAGAAGUCUGAAAGUCAGUCUUUAAUAUUUCUUUAGUGUUCUGUCAAAUUAGUUUGAGCUUUUUCUUUCGUUUUGGUUUUGGUUUGGUUUUUUUUUUUUAGCAAUUUUCAUUUUCAUGUAAGUGGGCAUAAGUAACAAGUGCAGCAAAACUGGGAUGCUACUUACACAGGAAUUUUGUCUUCUGAAUUGUAGUUAGAGUAAAUUUGCAGUAAUUUGUUUUCACUGAGAUGCCUUCAUCUCAGUGAUUUUGUAAAAAUGAGAGGUGUUUUACUGAAAAAUCAUACAACCUUUCAUUUCUGCUUUAAAAACAAAUCUUCUAGGAGUUAAUCUAAUUUUAAAGGAGAAUAUUAUUUGGAGAAGUAGCAGUAUAGCUGGUACCUUUACUUGAAUUCAGAAGCAUGAUACCCUCGGGUAUCCUCUUGCUCUGCAGUUUUGACUAAAGAUAAAGUAUUCAGAGACAAAUAUUUUUCCCCUAUUUUAAAUGCUUGCCCCAUGUAAAGUGUGUACUUUGUGCAAGUCUAAGUGAGGAAACAAGGAACAUAAACCACAAAUGUUUUGUCAGCCCUUGCAUUGCAACAGGCAAGACUAUACUGAAUGUGAAAUGAAAAGCUUUGUAAGAAUCUUAAUUGGAGAGGUAACAAAGUGUCAGAUACAGCUUUACUUGCGAGAAGAGGUUGCUGGGAUCUGCCUUCUCUGGAGAAGUGUACUCUCCAUAUUGCAUGUGGGGAGGUAAGUCUUGCCUCUGCUGACACCCUUGGGCAAUCAGCAUCAAGUAGCACCUACUUGUCAGCUGAAAUGUUUGCAGUCCAUCUUUAUGGUGUUAUCUGUGUCCCUGCUUUUACUAAAAACAGAGAAUUGUGUGCUCUGAGAAAAAGAAUCUCUGAGAAAAAGAAAAUUGUGUCAGCUGCUGUAUUUGCGGACAACUCCAAGGUCAUAAGACCUAAGAUUUCUAUUAACAUAUAUUGACUACAAAGCACAAGUUACUUCUAAAGCCAACCUUGACUAAUUUCUAUAGCUUUUUAGGUAGGGAGCAGUAAUGACUAGGAAAUACCACAAUCAUGAAGCCACCCAAUGAGUCAUCUUUUGCUGAGUUUUGUGACAAAUGCAUUUAAUUGUUGGGAUUUUUUUUCUUGCUCUUUAGCCUUUGUCCUUUUGCAUAUGUUAUUUAAAGAGCUUUGUUUUUGGAAAAAUGUUUACAUGAAAGGUGAUGUACUUGUGGUUUGAUGAUGUAAAAUGAGCAACAGAGCUAUUGGUAACCAUGGUCCAUGGUGUUGGAAGAAUCUGUGGAGCAGUGAAUGGGAAGGGCAAGCUGAUGCAGGGGAUGGUGACCUCAGUGAGGCCUAAGGGAGUAGCCGCAGCUGAUGUCCAAACCAGCACUGUCUGCCUUUCCACCACUCUGACCUUGGAAUUGUUUGACCACAGGGAAGUCUUGGUUUGGUGUCUCAGGCAUUAAAUGCACAUCACUGUUCAGAGAAGGAUUCUGCAAAGUCAAAAAAUGGAUGAGGGUGAUUAAGGACAGAGCUAAAUAUUCCUCUGGUGAAGCUGCUGGAAUUACAUCAAGGCUAAUGUUGGCAGACACUUUUGACAAGCCUGUUAUAAGAAAAAAGUAGCAAGAGAAGUAGUGCCAAAUUCUGCCUGGUCAGUGGGCAGGAAAAAUCAUUUGGGGUUUGUGGCCUUCAUUUCCAGACGAUCUAUAUUGCAUUAAGCAGCAUAAUGUCUACUUGUAACAUGACAGUGCCUGGCUUUUCCAGUGCCCAGAUGAGUCUGGCAGAUUGCAACUCAUCUCUUACCAAAUGGUGUCCCUGAAGCCUUCUGUCACCCCUGAGAAGGCAGGGUAUGGGACAAAGGCUGGCCUUGCUUGGGCCAUCUUGCCAAUAUCUUGAGGAACCCUGAGCAGCACAACCAAACCAAUUCAGAAGGCCAAGGCUGCAACAAGGAUAAUUACAUGAAAUGCUUUCCCAGCAAGAUCCCAUUUGUAAAACUCUUAACUGCAGUUCGUCACUUAAAUUAAUGGAAAUUGUAGCUUCUGAAGAAAACAUGAUUUCUUUUGUGCCUCUGAUCGAUGCUUCAAACAUGUUUAGUGGAUCAGUAGAUUAAUUAAAAAUAUCCCAGAUAAACACCAAAAAUGGAAGACAUGUUAACUUGUUACUGAAAUGAGUAAAUAUACUUAAAGGGGAAUUUCAUCACACUCAUACUCUGCCUGUUGCACUGUGAUCAUGAAGAUGUGAAAGGCAGCUCUCAUUAACACCAUUGUGACAACCAUUACCCCUCUCCAGCUGGUUUUAGUGGGAGAGAGGUAAGGAGGUAUUUUUGGGUGGUGUUUUCUUUCCUUAGUUUAAAACCUUAUUCUCUCUAGCCACUGAUGACUGAUUCCAGGCAUGGCAUAGAUGCAGCAUGGGAAGACUCUGCCUUAUAACUCAAGAUAUGUUUGCUCCACCAAUUCUCUGUGUCAAUACAAAUGUCGGACCUAGUGCAUAGUUUUUUUCUCCAGCAGCCUGCAAUUUUUACAUCUUUCAGGAGGUUGUCUCCACUUCUGUCAUGCUGCCAGUUCUGGGGACUUUUAGUUUUGAAAAAUGGGCCUCCAACCAUUCUUGCAAAUCUGGAGUCCAGUUUAAAACCACUAUGUUCUACAAGGCCUUUGGCUUGGCUGCUACUUAGGAAUUUAGCAGGUCUUUCAUAUUCGUUGUCUAAAUCGUUUAAUGAGAAACAGAAGCCUAAUAGACAUGUUUGGAAAUUUUAACGUGAGAUGAUACCAAAUACUGAAAAAGAAACUUAAGUAUUGCCUUAUGGAAUGGUGAUUGUAGAGGGAGACUGUACUUAAGAGUUUUCAUCUGCUCUGAAGCUCUCAGUAUUUUAUGUGAGAGGAAAGUCCAUGUGAGGAAGACUUUAACUAUUGCAUGGUGGCUUUGGUUUCACAGCCUGCAUUUUCCCAGGUAUCACUGUAUUCUCCAUCUGAAAUGAUCCAGGACUUUUUCCAUAUCUCAGCAAUUUGGUUUUUUUUUACCAGUCACAUGAUAUAUACAAUGUUAUACCAUGUUCUUCUUUUAACUGCUGGACUGCAUUACCGUAGUGUAGCAAGUAGCGUUUGACCAGACUGGGUUCACUUUGACUCUGCAUGGAAACCUUGAACCUAACACUGGUAAGUUACUGCACCUCACAGGUAAUUAGGAGCUGUAUGUGUUAUCCUCAUUUGUAGAAGUGGCCAUCGCACAUGAGGAAGCAAUAUGGCACUAAUCAGAGUUUGAUGUCAUUCAUUUUGUGAGCAUUUGGACUUAGUUGCACAGCAAAUACAGGCAAUAAAAGCCAGAAGUGAAAAAGAAAUUUUUUUAAGGCAAUUAUUCACAACAUUUGGUCUUUCAUCAGAAAGAAUAAAGUCAAGAAAACAGUAAUUACUGGCAAGAGUUGGAAGUGCAUCCAUCAUUAAGCGUAUGCACUGCCAAGGCACAAAUUCUCCACUCCUAGAAAAGUUCAAGCAAACGAGACAAGGUAAUUUUGUCUUUUAGUUGCCAGUUUUUUAGCACCUGAAUGGUCUGUAUACAGUUUGUGAGUGUGUGUGGGAGACCUAAUUGGAUGACCUAAAAUGGCACUGACUGUGUUGAGCCCAGUAUGAAAACACUACUUUAUGCGCUUGUUUGUGAUGCUGAAUUGGAGAGCAAUGUGUUUCUGGCACACUUACCACACUGGCAAUCACACUGCUCAUCCUGCAUUACUUACAAUACAUCUAGGUUAUCUAUUACCCACAGCAAUCCCAAAUCUCUGUUUUCUGGUGAUAGGAAAUAAAAUGAAAGACAUUUCUAGCAUUUGGACAGGUGCUUGAGAAGUGCAGCUGCAUUGAGAGCUCUGAGCAGAAGCUUGAGCUCUAGUAUCUGCUGAGUUCAGGACCUGAAUUUGUUACGAAUUUUGCAGUGGUUUUGUUUUUGCUGCCACUCAAAUGUGCACUUACAGGUGAGCGUGUUCAGUGGAGACAAAUGUAGACUCACCUCAUGGUGUGGGGAAAUGUGUGUGUAUAUGUGGGUGUCCAAGCCCAAACACAGCUAUUAUCCGCGGGCCAAAGCUUUUCCUCAGAUGUUGUAGUUGGAUGAAGCAUUUGUAGAACAAUGCGUGGACCAUCUGAGUUGGCUAGCUGAUACCCAUAUCCAUGAAGAUCCUGCAAGGGCAUGCUAUGUCCAGGCCAGAGGGCGGCAAGGGGAGCAAAACAAUGAGUCGGCAUGUUUGUUUCUGUCCUUAAGUCCAUGUCUUGAUAAGUGUCCUAGGGUGACGUUAUGAUGCUUGUAUCCCCAUCUGUGUGUUCUGUUUAUGCUGGAUAUUAUGUUCCGUGCCUUCAAGACUGGCUCUGAAGAGUGAAUGUUUUGUUUUGGGUUUUG